CAAGUUGUUUAACUGCUUUAAACUUAUUGAAGGGUUAUUUUUAGGAACAAUAUAUUCUUUACACUGAUUGCAUGUUUCUACUUUCAACAUUCAUGGAAAAAUUAUCUUAAAUUCAUUACAAUUUAUUCAAUGACACAAUUAUGAUUAUAAGCGUGUGUAAUUUUAUCCAAUACGGAAACACUGGAUCCAUAAACUGCAGUAAUGUUUAAACUUUACCGGUGAGUGAAGUCUAUGAAUCAGUUAGCACCUUAAGCCCGACAUACCGACGGGUGCCGUUCAAUGUUCAGACUAUAUCCACUUCUCUGUGACACUAGUUUGUGAGAAAAGCAGGCCAGGAUAAUGGGUGACAUUCACAAGCACAUAUUUGAACUGAAGAAACACUGGGAGGAAAACAAAGAAUUGGAAGCUGUUAUAGUUGAUAUGUCCAAUGAUGGCUCUCCUAAUCAAGUGAUCAAACCAGAUAUUGAAGAGGACCAAAGAAGAUGGCUGAUCAUAAGUUUAUGUCUACACAAUGCGGUUUCACCAGCUCUUAGGACGUAUGUUAGACCAAUUGUCGAAACAGAGUACAAAAACUUCAAGAAGUCACACAAAAUUGAUGCCCAACAGUUUCCAAAUUAUCUGAAGAAAUAUCCUCCUACGAAGAAAGAUAUGAACUAUGAAAGCAUAAACAACAACAAACUUGUACCGAAAGUCAAUAGAAAAUCAGAUGUUGCGAACUUUGAUUUAUGUGUGAAGGAUGGUGUAGACUUUACAAUGUUGUUCUUGCAAACUCACAUGGCCCAUUAUACAGGAUUUGAUGAUACAUGUGACCAAAGUGCCCUUCUUUGA